GACUAGUCGAGAAUUGAAUCUACACGAUGGCAGAAGUCGCACCAACCGCCGCCCCGGCUGCCCCAGCCAAGGCACCCAAGAAGAAGGCCGCCAAGCCCGCCAAGAAGAGCGGACCAGGAGCCAGCGAGCUGAUCCUGAAAGCCGUGGCCGCCUCCAAGGAGAAGAAAGGAGUGUCUUACAUCUCCCUGAAGAAGGCGCUGGCCGCUGGAGGCUACGACGUGGAGCACAACGCGGUCCACAUCAAGCGCGCCGUGAAGAGCCUGGUGGGGAAAGGAGCCCUCGUCCAGACCAAGGGAACCGGAGCGUCCGGGUCUUUCAAGGCGAGCAAGACCGCCGAGAAGCCCAAGAAGGUGGUGAAGAAAGUGGUGAAGGCGAAGAAGUCUCCGGUGAAGAAGGCGGCCGCCAAGAAGCCAACGGCCGCCAAGAAGCCCAAAGCCAAGGCGGCGACCCCCAAGAAGGCGAAGAAACCUGCCGCAGCCAAGGCCGUGAAGAAGGCGACCAAGAGCCCCAAGAAGGUGGUGAAGAAGGCAGCCGCCCCCAAGAAGGCCGCUACCCCGAAGAAGGCAGCCAAGAAGGCGGUUAAACCCAAAGCCGCUAAGCCCAAAGCCAAGAAGGCAGCAGCAAAGAAACCAGCGAAGAAGUAAACAACAACCUGAUCUUCAUCAACAACGGCUCUUUUAAGAGCCACCCAAAUCACAGAGAGCACUUUUCCUGUUUGUCUGAUUUACAAAGUGGUUCAAAUGUGUAAAAUAUAAUGUAGUUUUAGUUGGAAAUAUAACGGAAUUAGGAUAAAAUCAGGUGUUCUGAUAUAAAUCAGUGGGAUUUAUAAUCUAAUCUGGCAGUUUGUAGUGAGGAGAGGACAGAGUGCAGACUGUAUAAAGAUUAUAUAGAUAAUAUAAUAAUUUAUAGACAUUAUAGGACUAUUACACUAUAUUGAGAAACUUCAACAUUUUAAUAACUAUAGACCAUCUCAUUCAUGUUGCAGGUACAUCAGUGGAUUCAGUGUCAGUUGUUAAAACCCCAAAUAUAAAUGAGAUUAUACAGUGUUUAUAAUACAGUUUUAUAUUGAGUCUUGAUGAGGACAGAGAGAACAGACAG